AUGGAUGCCAUUUCCAAGUGUCUCCUUCCCCUGCGGAUUGACAAAGACGAGGAUGAUGCAUCGUAUGUGCACUCUGCAAAGCUAUACGUCGCAGCUAACCAAACUGUCCGACCAGGCUUCUACCACUGGAGUUUCAAAAUCUACGAUGAAAACACAGAGAAAUGGACGACGUACGAAGUUCGCAAGUCCCCGGCUGAUAAGUAUCCAGUCAAGCAUGUACAUGACACCGUUCCUAGCUUCACCGGUCUUGACUUUCGAUUAUCCGAGCUAGUUAGCAUUCCGUACCAUUGGCUGCCCGAGGUCUAUAAGGUGUGUGAGUCUGCUCGUGUCCCUGGAGUCGGAGGCAAGAGAUGCAGUCACGUUUAUGUUCGCUGCAUUGUGGAUUGUCUGAAGAAAGCUGGAGUUGUAGGCGAAACGCAGGUCAACGAUCUGUUCAGUGAACUUGAGAGAAUCGAAGAAAAUGACGAUGCCUGA